UUCCAGUGUUUCUCCAAUGGAGAAAAAAAUGGCUGCCAACCGUUGCGGCGGCGCUGUCUUCUCGUUUAUUCUUAUUAUCUUGUCGACGUUUGUUGUCGGACAUAGUCAAGACUUAACUUCGAACAACGGACAGUAUGUCAGUGCGACCAAAACUCGACAAAAAGCUCAAGAAACUGCUGAGGAAAGGGCAUGGGAAGCGACCGAUGUUGGGGAAUAUCCACCUGACAAGCCGGAGCCCUCUGCCCCUGUCAGUGAGGUCCCUACAGCCGCCCCCCGACGGAAGGAUGAUUUUCAAGAGGAGCUGGUGAUCAGACCUCUGCACUCGGGGGAUAUUUACGCCACCUUCCAGUUCCGUACACUGUGGGAAGCCGAUUUCAUGGAAGGAAACAAAGUGUCCCACUACCGGCUAUUCCCCAAGUCUCUGGGCCAGGUUAUCUCCAAAUUCUCAGUGCGUGAGCUCCACAUCUCUUUUACCCAAGGUUACUGGAGGACCAUGCAGUGGGGGCAGCCUUAUCUGCCGUCUCCGCCUGGAGCUGAGCUCUGGGUCUGGUUCCAGGACUGGGUGACAGAUGUGGAUGGCACGUGGACUGAGCUGACAAAUGUCUUGUCAGGGAUCUUCUGUGCCUCGUUGAACUUCAUUGAUUCCACCAACAGCGUUCAGCCUAGUGCCUCCUUCAAACCACUCGGGAUAGGCAAUGGGACUGAUCACCGUUUCCUCCGCUAUGCCACCCUUCCACGUGAGAUUGUUUGCACUGAAAAUUUGACACCCUGGAAGAAACUGCUGCCCUGUGGCUCCAAUGCCGGCCUUGCUGUCCUGUUGAAGUCUGAGAAACUCUUCCACAGCAGUUUUCAUUCUCAGGCAGUGCACAUCCGACCCGUGUGUCAGGACACGCACUGUACAGCCACAUCGUGGGAGUUGAGACAGACGCUGAAUGUUGUCUUUGACAUUCACACCUCUGGACAGGGCAAACGAGAGUGGUCUCUCUUUAAGAUGUUCUCCCGCACCCUCACCGACGCUUGUCCGCUGGCUUCCUCCAGUAAAAUCUACGUAGAUGUGUCAGACAGUGCUGAGGGGGAUAAGUUUGAGCUGAGCCCGCCUACUCCGCUGCUCAGCCAGAAGGUGGUAUUGGGGGAUAGACGCACUUUUGCAGUCUAUGACCUGACCCAACAAAGCACCUUUGGCACAGCACGCUCCCUCAACCUGCUGAUUCGCUGGUCCAAUGAGGGUCAAAUGCUCCGCCCCUUGCUUCAUGCUGACCGCUAUGUGGCAGGUUUUGGGCUACAGACGGGAGAGAUCCACACGCUGAUGUACAACAACCACCCCUACAGGUCAUUCCCUGUGUUGCUGAUGGAGUCAGUGCCCUGGUACCUUCGUCUUUACGUGCACACCCUCACCGUUACCAGCAAGGGCAAGGCUAAUAGUCCCAGUUAUAUCCAUUACGAGCCGUCCAAGGAUCGCAUAAGGCCACACCUGCUGGAGAUGCUGGUCCAACUCCCUCCUAACUCUGUCACUGAAGUCACAGUGCAGUUUGAGAGAGCUCUGCUCAAGUGGACUGAGUACACCCCGGAUCCCAACCAUGGCUUCUAUGUCGGGUCAUCGGUUGUCAGUUCUCUUGUACCAAGCAUUGCUACCAUGGAUCCAAAUACCACUCAAGAGCACCCUCUUUUCAGUAGUUUCUUCCCCAGCAAAGAAGAGUCCAGCUUCUUUGUGCGCAUCUACACAGAACCUCUGUUGGUCAACUUGCCUACUCCAGACUUCAGCAUGCCUUACAACGUCAUCUGCCUGACCUGCACAGUAGUGGCCGUGGGCUAUGGAUCUUUCUACAAUCUUCUCACACGUACUUUCCAGAUAGAAGAGCCCAGCCCAGGACUGGCGAAACGGAUCGCCAAUGUCAUCCGUAAAAUGAGGGGCGUGCCUCCACUCUGAGGUGUGACAGGACCAUGAGCCCACUCUACUGUUCCUUUAGUCGAAUCCACUGGAUGCAUUCAGGGAAGAACUGAGUCAAAGGUUUUUAUUUGGAUUAAGUUUCCAGGUUUCAUGUGUUGGUGAUAAAGGGCAGACAUAAAUGUAGCUUUAAAGGUGACCUAUUAUGCUUUUUCCACUUUUCUGACCUGUGAAUGUAGUUAGAAUGUUGUAUUCUGGUGUUCAUUCAUGCCAAAGUUUUAAAUAAUGAGGUUUGGGGAUUUGGAAGUGAGCCCUGAAAGAAGUUUGGGAUGGUGCAAAACACUUGGUUUCAAGUGGUAAAACUGUUCCUUUGUGAUGUCACAGAGGGGCUGACUUCCUGAUAUGGUUCAUAGUCAGGAAGCACUUUGGGUGUGUGACCAAUCACUGUGGAGUGGGCAUGCCCCGGAGGGAGGUCCUGGGUGGAAUAAAGUAAAACAGACCAUUUUGGCAGGAAGCACAAAUCCAAGCAAAUACAGAUGGAAUAUGUGCAGAUUAUACAAAAUCUAAAAAGUUUUGUGUGCAGGUUAUUGUGUGUAGCUCCUCUAUAGGAGACCACAACUCCAUACAAAGGGUCGAAAAAUGAGCAUAAUAGGUCACCGUUAAAUUUGGAUGGAAGACUGGAUCUCUGCAGGUGUUUGAAGCUUGAAGAAGCGUGUGAGGAAACUAAUGCCCCCUUCAGAGUGUCUCUGAAAUCUUACUGACCAAAGAGAGGACACUUGAGAGUUUAGUUUUGCUUUGUCACCUGAGAGCUACUUCACUCUUUCACGGGCAGUAAAAUAGUUUUUGAUGCAGUCAAGAACAUUCUCCAUGAUCAAACGUUUUGUUUGCACUGUUGCUGAAUGCAUAAUGCAAGCAUUAAUUAUGACAGACGGAAGGGAUCCUUUGUUUGACAGGACAGGGUUUCGAGGCAAGGUACUGGUUGACCGUUAGAGGGCGAUAGACUGACGGCAGCAUUUUCCUCAUUUAAAAGCAUGAUAGACCAUAAAGUCAUCUUAUGGUCGUAAUAUACAAGUACAAGUGACAUACUUACCAGACACUUCAUUAAGUACACCCACCACCUGAUUUCUGAAAUGAAGAUCUACAUGGAAAUGUCAAUCAAAUCUAAGCAUUAUGUUUGCAGAAGCAGCAAUGCUGAUCCAACUGGCUGGUGAAUGUGUGUUAAGGUCAAUAAAAAUAAAAUGUGACUUACAAA